CAGGAGAAACCGCCAGGAGGGGGGAUCCACUCCCGGGGCUGCCUGCAUCCCUCUGGCGUCCCCUCCGGGGAGCCCCUCCUCUCCCUCGCAGAGGUUUGCAGGCAACCCAGAUGGAAAAUACAGUGGUGACUCCUGCUUUCAAGCAAUUUUCUUCUUGCUUCUCCUGAAGAAGUGCAUGCUGAUCAGGAUGCAGCAGCCCGCAGCCAGUGACAGGAGCACAGCCAUUCCUUCGCUGUAUCCAUCCCAGGCCAGCCCCACUGCUGACUCGAAAUAUAAGCACUGCAUCGCUGAGGAUCCUGAGUGGUCCCUCGUCACUGUCCCCUGCCUCACUGAGCUCUGCCUCCAGCACAUCGCUGACCAUUUUGAAAAGAACCCUAUUUUGGAUCGUCUUCUGCCUGAGCACCAAAGGAAGGUGUUGGACAGGCUCUCUACUGGCCUUCCACUCACUGUGACUGCCAACCUAAUAAGUGAUGAGGACUACUGGAAGAGGUGCUGUACUGAGCGCUGGCAAGUGUGUAACAUCUCCAAUUAUGGCUACAGCUGGAAACGAAUGUUCUUUGAGCGUCAUCUGGAGAACAUCCUGAAACAUUUCAUCCCUAACACCACAGACCCCAAUCAGGUCCUAGAGGUCAUUCCACUCUGCAAAGACUAUGUGCAGAAACUGGAGGUUGAUCAGUUACUGCCACCAGUGAAGGUGGAUCAAAAAGAGGAAAUGGAUGACCUCUCUGAUAUGGGGCUUGAAGAGGUCUCCACGCAUCACUAUGACCUGGGAGUCCUCAUUACUGCGCUCCCCCACCUGCAGGAGCUUCAUCUCAGUUAUGGCGUGAAGGACUGUGGCAUGAACUUCCAGUGGAACCUUUUUAACUUCACCUACCAAGACUGCUGCAACCUGGCUGUUGCUGUGAAGAAGUGCCACAGCUUGAAAGUUUUCAAGUUGACACACAGCACAGUGGAUGAUGACAAGACCAGGCUGCUGGUCCGUAACUUGCUGGAUCAUCCCUGCUUGGUGGAGCUGAAUUUGUCCCAUAAUCUCAUAAAGGACAAGGGGGCACGAGCUGUUGGGAAGUUGAUCAACCACAGCAGAUUAGAAACCCUUAAUCUGUAUAACAACCAGAUCCAUCACCUUGGGGCUCAGGCUCUUGCUCAAGCCCUGGCUAAGAACUCCACCCUGAUCUCCCUGAAUCUGCGCCUCAACUGCGUGGAGGAUGAAGGCGGAAAGGCAAUUGGCCGUGCCCUGCUGACCAACACCACCCUGAAGUCCAUCCAUCUGGGAAGUAAUAACCUGUCAGGGCCAACCGCUAUACUUUUCUCCCAGGUCUUGGCUAAGAACACCACCCUGACAAGCAUCAACUUCUCAUGCAACCACCUGGGUCUGGAUGGUGGGAAGCAUCUGCUUGAUGGGCUGGCAGAAAACAAGGCUUUGACUGAGUUCGACCUCCGUCUGACAGAGGUGGGCCAGGAGACUGAAUUCCUCAUUCACCAAAUUGUAUGGUCCAACCAGGAAGCGGCAAGGCUGGGGUCUCUGCAGCAACCUCUUGCCAAACUCCUCUGAAGAAAAUGCUCCAGAGAGCAAUGAGCUUUGCAGGUGCAGCAUUGGAGAUAACUUUUCUUCAGAGGCUUGUUUUCAUUCAUAUUUCUAAGAAACACUCAACUUGUGGCUGCCAUCUCAGCCUUCUUCAGAUUCCCAUCAUCCAACCUGCAACUAAAUCCAACCCAAGACUAAAUACAACUCUGGUGUUUCUUAUGUGCUCCAGCAGCACGCUUAGUUCAGGCAACUGGAUGUUGUUUGGUUUUAUAGCAAAAUCUGUCUGGAGUCUUAGAUAUGGAUGGUGAAAAAAAUUCAAUAAAUAUAGGUCUUUCCACCAGUUUCCUACUUUGCAAUGCUAUGCUUCUGAUCAGUGCUAGCCUGCUUUGCAAACAGGUAAAUUCUGUAUGACCAGAUGCUUCCCUUA